UUUCCCCGUUUGUGUCUCGCUGGAAAGCGAGGAUGGCUUCAUUUUAAACCUAUGAGACUGAGAUAGGGUCUAGUGCAUGCAUCAAACCACAUCAGUUAGCCUCUGCAGACGUAACCACAGCAGUGAAAUAAAAAGAGUUGUCAUGCGCGGAAUAAAUUCAGAGUGACUGUUCACGGAUCGGCGUGAGCCAAGAGGCCACCAUGCCUCUGGAGACCAACUACCGGCCGCUGGAGAGCGAGGCCUACCAGGGCCCGCCCAGCAGCACCUUCCCCAAGCGGCCGGCACACGUCAUCCACGUGCCCGACCAGAACCAAGCGCGCUGGAACCACAUCGACGACCUGGACACGUUCUUCACGCGCGUCUACCAGUACCACCAGCAGCACGGCUUCCUCUGUAUGAUGACGCGUCAGUGCCUGGAGCUGUUCCAGUUCUUCUUCGUCGUGACGUUCUCGCUGUUUCUCGUCACGUGCGUCGACUACGACCUGCUGUUCAAUCGGAGCGGUAACCGGGCCAAGACGACGCUGCUAGACGUGCUGCUGCCGGCCGGCCAGUGCAUGGCACGGCCGCCCGCUCUCGUGGUCGUCUGCCUGCUGGUGGCGGCGCUCUUCUGGCUCCUGCGGCUCAUCAAGGUCUGCUACAACUUCCUCCAGUUCUGGGAGAUCAAGGUCUUCUUCAACGUGGCUCUCGGCAUCAGCGAUGCUGAGCUGGACAACCGCACCUGGUACGAGGUACAGCAGCGGCUGCGGGACGUCCAGCAGGAGCAGCAGAUGUGCAUCCACAAGUCAGACCUCACCGAGCUCGACAUCUACAACCGCAUUCUGCGCUUCAAGAACUACAUGGUGGCUAUGGUGAACAAGCAGAUGCUGCCAUUGCGGUUCAACGUGCCCUGCCUGGGUGAAGUGGUGUACCUCAGCAAGGGGCUCAAGUACAACCUGGAGCUGUUGCUAUUCUGGGGCCCGGGGUCGCCGUUUGAGAACAACUGGCACCUGAAGGCCGAUUACAAGCGCGUGGAGAAACGGCGCGCGCUGGCCGAUGAGCUGUCACGGCGCGUACUCUGGGUGGGUGUCAUCAACCUGCUGCUCUGCCCGGUCAUCAUGCUCUGGCAGGUUCUCUACUGCUUCUACAACUACGCCGAGCUAAUCAAGCGCGAGCCUGGAUCUCUGGGGAUGCGGCGCUGGUCGUUGUACGGCCGCUUCUUCUUACGCCACUUCAACGAACUGGACCACGAACUCAACGCCCGGCUCAACAUGGGCUACAAGGCGUCUAACAAGUAUCUCAACUCGUUCACCACGCCGUUCACCGAGAUCAUCGCCCAGAACGUGAUGUUCGUCUCGGGCGCGCUGCUGGCCGUCCUGCUCGGCCUCACCAUCUACGACGAGGACGUGCUGACGGUGGAGCACGUGCUGACGCUGAUGACGGUGCUCGGAGGCCUGGUGGCUGUCUGCAGGGUGUUCAUCGCCGACGAGAACCUGGUGUUCGCGCCCGAGCAGCUGAUGGCGGCCGUCCUGGCGCACGUGCACUAUGUGCCGGAUCACUGGCGCGGCGCGGCGCACACCGCCCAGGUCAUGCACGAGUUCAGCCAGCUGUUCCAGCUGAAGGCCUACUUCCUGCUGGAGGAGCUGCUGUCGCCCAUGGUUACACCCAUCAUCCUCUGUUUCGGACUACGGCCGCGCUCGCUCGACGUCGUCGACUUCUUCCGCAACUUCACCGUUGAUGUGGUGGGGGUGGGGGACGUCUGCUCGUUCGCUCAGAUGGACGUGCGCCGCCAUGGCCACCCUGCGUGGCGGCCGGCCGUGGAGAGUGGCUCCGUCUGGGAGCCGGAGCCGGAGCCGGAGCCAGAGCCGGAGCCGGGGACAGCCGGUGAGGCGGCGCGCGCCGACCAUGGCAAGACCGAGCUGUCGCUGGUGCACUUCGCCAUCACCAACCCCGGUUGGCGGCCGCCGCUCGGCUCCGACGCCUACAUCUCGACGCUGAGGGCUCAGGGCGCGCGUGAGGCGGCCAACAUGGCGCCGGGUAUGCCGGCCGUGCUGGAGGAGAACGCGCUCUUCUCGUCGCUGCAGGCGCUGGGCAGCGUGGGCCAGCAGUUUACGCCGCUGCUGGCCGGGCUGGGCGACAGUUCGCUGGGCGCUGGUGUCGGCGGCGGCGGCUCGCUGCUGGCCAGGUACGCGUUGCGGCCAGUGGCGAAGGCACGUGGCGUGUGGGCUGUGCUGUCGGGCUUCCAUCUAGUGUCGGCCAAGCAAAGCCCCGUGCUGACUGGCACGAACAGCAGGAACAUCUUGCACGACAGAAUAGUGCCCGUCAUCGAACGUCACCGAACCAACGUCAUCGAACCAAGUUAAAAUGUCAUUGAACCAAGUUAAAAGCUUGCUUGCUUGCUUCGUUUCCCAGCGUCUUCAGUCUGACACUAGCGAGAAGCGAGCCUGCUGCCUACAUGAAACAAUGCAUAAAGUCACUGGCAAUCCACGAGACCACCUACUGUGCCACUUGUCGUUAAAACUAACAGCGCAUCGAUGUAGAAUUUUGCUGCUAGCUUUUACUGAAUUUUCUAAGACGAAAUGUUAGAACAAGCAGUGAUCUCCUCUACGCCUCUGCACCACUGUGUUUGUGGCGGUUGUCAUUUGCACACAUUAACCAGUACUAAGGCAUUAUCACUUCAGUUCAAGUGGAUGUUUCCAGACGUUGACCUUUAUA